AUGCAUGUAAUAAUUCCACUGAUCUGCUGGCUGCUAAUGCUAAGGAGCAGCUCUGCGAGGUUGGGCAGGCAGAACUUCCCGCCCGAGCUGUGCGUCUUUGCCACGGAUGAGUGCCCCAAUGCACGCAUCAGCUUUUGGCUCUAUACCAACUCCAGCCGUGAUGCGCCUGUUCUGUUGGAUCCACUUAAUCUUCAGGCCAGUUCCUUUGAGCCUCGCUUGCCUUUGAAGAUUCUCAUGCAUGGCUUCACCGGCAAUCGCAGCCUGACGCCCAAUGUGGAGGUGCGCGAUGUGCUGCUCCAAACGCAGCCUGUUCAUGUGAUCUCGGUGGACUAUGGCAGUCUCGUUCGCUUUCCCUGCUAUUAUCCGUGGGCGGUAAGCAAUGCCAAAGUGGUGGCCAAAUGCCUGGCGCAGUUGGUCGACAAUCUCUUGUCCAACGGCCUCUAUGAACGUGAACAACUGCAUCUUAUUGGCUUCAGCCUGGGCGGCCAGGUGGCGGGCUUGACGGCCAAUUUUGUACGCGAGCCCUUGUCACGCAUUACGGGUCUGGAUCCAGCUGGCCCUGGCUUCAUGACCAGUCGGCUGUCCGAUAAGCUCGACCCGGGCGAUGCAGACUUUGUGGAUGUCAUACACACAGAUCCCUUCUUCUUCUCGCUGCUGCCGCCCAUGGGCCAUGCGGACUUCUAUCCCAAUCUCGAUCACUUCAGUCAACCCGGCUGCUCAUACGUGAGCCACUGGCGCCCCUACAACUGCAAUCACUUCCGCGCCGCCAUCUACUACGGCGAGUCCAUUGUCAGCGAGCAUGGCUUCUGGGCACAACAGUGCGGCGGUUGGAUGCAGUUCAUCUCGCAACGCUGUGGCCUCUACGCGGAUCUACCCAACACUCAAAUGGGCUACUUUGUUUCGCAGAACUCUUCUGGCUCCUUUUUCCUGAGCACUAAUGAAAAGCAUCCUUACGCCAAGGGGCCAAUUGCCGUAAUUGUCCCCGAAGUGCCGCAGCUUUGA